GUGACACAAGUCACAGUUGUGGAAUCCCUGGAAAAAUGCCGACACUCUCGCGUCUCCAAAAAUACACAAUAAUUGCAGUUGGUACUGUAAGUGGUGCAGGUUUGUUUUAUUACAAUGUUUACGGUAACAGAGAAGAGGUUGCUCACGUUGCCAACUCCUGGACAACGGAUUUCAUACCCUCGGUGAGGUGGGACUGCAACUGGGACAGGAGAGACCCAAAGAGUUUAGUGAAACCGAUAAAAGGGCAUAGUGAAGAGGCUCAGAAUAAAUAUAACGAGCAGCUUGAACAACAGAAGGCGAAAGCGACUAGGCACCUGCUGCUCAUUCGUCAUGGGCAGUAUAAUUUGAAGGGAACGAAUGAUGCUGAACGAUAUCUAACUGAGCUAGGCAGACGUCAGGCUGAUUUUACUGGGAAACGUCUGGCUGAGCUGACCAUCCCCUUUUCGCUCAUCGUGAGGUCAACGAUGACCAGAGCACAAGAGACUUCCAAAAUAAUUGAAAAAUCAUUAUCAGGCAUUCCCACUGAGGAUGACGUCCUUCUUAUGGAGGGGGCGCCGAUUCCCCCAGAGCCACCUAUUGGCCACUGGAAGUCUGACUGGCAUUUCUUCCAGGAUGGACCUAGGAUAGAGGCGGCAUUUAGAAAGUACUUCCAUCGGGCGACUCCACAACAAACAAAGGAUUCCUAUACUCUACUCGUGUGCCAUGCGAAUAUCAUUCGUUACUUCGUAUGCAGGGCUCUGCAAUUUCCCCCUGAGGCCUGGCUGAGGCUCUCCCUGAAGCACGCCAGUAUCACCUGGAUCACAAUUCAUCCCAAUGGUCGCGUGUCCCUGAGAUGCUUCGGAGACUCCGGCCAUAUCCCCCCAGACGCAAUCACCACUAAUUCAUGAUUAAGAUCAUCGAUUUACCAGACGAUUCGUCAGCAAUAAAUACACAGUCAAUUAUUUUUAUAACCAGAGUGUUCCAGUGCCAACACACGCAUUUCUUACCAGUAUCGAGAAAUAAAUUCGUCAAAAGACUGCAGUAUUGAU